AUCGCAGUUAUGCACGGUCUCAGCACCAAACCUACCACGCACAGUCCCAAUGCCAACAAAACGGAUAUCAAGUCCUCGUCGACAGCCUCCGUCACUAGCACCAAUGAGCUCUUUGGCGAGGCGGCGAACAUGGGACUCUUUGCCAAGUUCAAGCACAUGUAUAAGCAAUAUUGGUACGUUCUCAUACCGGUGCAUGUGAUAACAUCGAUUGGUUGGUUCGGCGGUUUUUAUUAUCUAUCAAAGAGCGGUGUAGAUGUGCCUGCCCUGCUGCAGUAUAUGCACCUGAGCGAGACCAUUAUUGAGAAGGUACAGGGCUCCGAUAUGGGUCACUAUGCCAUUGCCUAUCUGUGCUAUAAGGUGGCCACUCCAGUGCGCUACGCAGUCACAUUGGGCGGCACCACUGUGUCUAUAAAAUAUCUGGUGCAAUGGGGCCAUAUCAAACCGAUGCCCACAAAGAGUCAAUUAAUGAAAAUGUAUGAAGACACAAAGGCAACGCGUGCCAAUGCCAAGAACAAUACCCAUAAGGAUGAGAAUGCCAAGAAUCACAAAUGAUCGAUGCUUACUGGGGCGUCUUCCAAAACCGCCGCCUGCUGUCGUUGUCUUCGUCGCCUGCCAUGCGGCUAGUUGCCUAGUUGUAUUUCGUUAUUUGUUAAACUGUUGCACGUUGAUCAAGUGCAAGUGUCGUCUCUGGAAUUGACCUCUCGCCCAGGGCGCAUCUGUAUAUAUCAACCGGAUUACUUAUUCUAAGCGCAGCUGCCGCAGUUUUAAGAAAGAUAAGAGCACCACAUCGUUUGCGUGUAUUAACAAAUUUGCAUUGUUUUUGUUAGUUACGAAAUCGUUGACGCUGCUGUUGCCGCAUGCCAGGGAGCAACGUACUCACAGCAAUGUAUACAUAGACCAGCAUACGAAUUAACUAACACAGACACAUACACCUAUGCAUAUAGACCCAGAGUAAGACAGCCUCCGACAAGAAGUGUAGUAUAUUUUAUAAAUGUAAUUUAAAAAGUUAUCGAAAAUGAAAAACUCGACUGGUAUAAAACAAUAAAAUAUUUGUCUUUUACUUUUUUUUUGAUCAAUUGCCCAUUACCGAAUUAAUUGUUCCCACAAAUAGUAUGCAGCAAAAAUCAGCUGGCAAACAGCUUUGUAUCACCCACAUAAGUAAUAUACAUAUAUAGGUCCUUGUCUCCCAAUCGGAAUGGCGUGAUUUUCGCACAACUAGUGUCCAAAAAGUUUAAUAUUUGCGAUCGUCCAUCGUUUGUUUUGUAUGCAAUAAAUAUUGAUUAAAUUAUUUUUUCUUAUUGAAGAUUAUUUCAUGUAAUCAUAGACAAAGCUUUUUUUGGAUAAAUAAUUUUGUUAGCUCUGAACAACUGACAGAUAUACAAAUAUAUACAAUAGUCGGAGGCACUUACGUAUCACCAGAAGGUCGCAACCAGCUUUUCGUAAAGGGGGUAAAGGGGGUUAUUAGCUAUUAUUUAAAUAAAAAUAAACUCAAAUUUGA